AUGGCCGCCGAUAAAGCCAAAUCCGCCAAAUACUCCGAUGAGGAAGAGGAUGUUGAGGAUCUUUUCGACGAUGCCUCUGAUACAAAAGCGGAAGAUGAGGAUGAUGCCGAGGAUCUCUACGACCCAAAAGAAGCGUUUCCCGUCGACUCUGAUCGGGGUGACGUCAAGGUCGGAUCGGCGCCUCAGAAACGCAAGAAAAAGUCGUGCGACUAUCAAAAGCCCAAGCGCAUCGUGCACAAGGACUCGAUUCCGCUUGCCGCGAAUGUUUGCCAGUUAUGUGGAGGCAGACUGGCCCCUGGGCGCGAUCAGACGCAAACGACAAUUACAUUGGUUCACCACUCGAUGGCGCACCUCGAUUUUCGACCGUUCCAGUGCUCAGAGUGCAAUUUCAUGGCCGCACGCCGGCAAUCAAUCACCCUUCAUCGCAAGAAGCAGCACAACCAAGAAGGAUCGCAUAUUGAUCAUCGUACGGCCAUCUACUACGCCAAGCUGAAACUGAUGUCCAUGACCAAUUUCCCGCUUCAAAUGAAGGACAUUGAGCGAUAUGUAGACAAUCAGCUGGCCCGCUUCAACGAGAGCCUAUCGAUUCAUCUGGACGAGGAGCGCGAGGUGGAGAAGAAUCAGUGCCAGUUGUGCGGCAAGAAGAUCACCCUUCAAAAGGACCCCUGCAUCAACACGAUAUGUAUCAUGCAGCAUUCGAUGAUACACAUUGAUCACAAGCCCUUCAAAUGCCCGCAAUGUGGCAUGGCCAGUCGUGCCAAGGACGAAAUCCGAAAGCAUCAACUCCGCCAGCACAAGCAAGCCGAAGAAGUAGUUGAUGACCGGACCACCCUCUACUUCUCCGACCUCAUCAACAUGGCCAAGUCCAACUUCCCCCUGCAAACCGAGGAGCUGGAGGUGCGCAUCGAGUUCGUGAAGAGCAAGCUGCGCGAGUUCGGCCCGAUCAAGGACAAGCCGGACUUGCCUGAAAAGCCGCCGCAGAGGCAGAGGGGCAGUACAUCGAGACCGAGGCCGGUAGCUGCAAUUUCGACCCCGGACGUGGCCGAACCUCCCGUGAAAAGGCGUCGCUCGCAGCGCGCCCGCAAGAACAACGACUCCCUCCAGGACUUCUACAAGGAGUUCGGGCUGGAUGAUGUUUCACCGAUCAAAGAGCCUGAGGCCCCAAGGCCUUCGCCAAGUCGAGCCGCAAAAGCUGUGCCGCCCCCGGACAAGCCCGCCGAGCCGAGCCCGAUGGACCUGCUGAACAUGAUCAACGAGGAUUUCAAGGCCAGCCCCGUGAAAAGGCGCAGCCCGAAAAAAGAAAAGCUUGCUGCUCAAACGACACCGCCGGGUCCUUCGCGAAAUGGAGCAACUACUAAAACUGCAACCACUUCUCCAGCAAAGGAUCGCGCCUCUAUCGAUGCGAUUGAUCGUCUUAAGCGAAUGCUUGAAGCCACCGAGGAUAAUGUCCCGUUUCAAGAUGAUCAGCAAGAGCAAGUGGAUGUACUGAUGCAACUCUUUGGGCAACCCCAGGCCAGCAGCGAAGCCGACGAG